CCGAGCCGAGCCGGGCCGGGCCGGGGGCAGCGCUUCGCCUCCUCGCCACCCAGCCGGGGCCGCUGCCCUGCCGGAGCGGAGCAGCCGGGAAGUUUCUGGGCAAAGCCACUGACCAGCAUCCCCUUGAAACAAGCUGUGAAAAAUGGGUCGGAAAAAAAUACAGAUCAGUCGAAUUUUGGACCAGCGCAACCGUCAGGUGACCUUCACCAAGCGCAAGUUUGGGCUGAUGAAGAAGGCCUAUGAGCUGAGCGUGCUGUGCGACUGCGAGAUCGCCCUCAUCAUCUUCAACAGCACGAACCGCCUCUUCCAGUACGCCAGCACCGACAUGGACAAGGUGCUGCUCAAGUACACGGAGUACAGCGAGCCGCACGAGAGCCGCACCAACUCCGACAUCCUGGAGACGCUGAAGCGGAAGGGCCUGGGGCUGGAGAGCCAGGAGCUGGAGCUGGACGAAGGGCUGGACCCCAUGGAGAAGAUCCGGAAGCUGAACGAGGGGGUGGACCUGACGGUGGCGCGGCCUAGGCUCUAUUCCUCAGCCCCUCUGCCCAGCCACGAAGCGGCCUACGUGGGCACACCACCCUCUGGGAGCGACGGAGGGCUCAGCAGUGCCAGCGGGUCCCCGCAGCACCAGAACCGACUGCCUGCGUUCAAGUCAGCGAUCCCCAAGCACGGCCAGCCUUCGGGGCGCUCCCCGGGGCCAAUGCCACCAGGCCUUGGCUACCCUCUCUUCUCCCAUGGCAACCUGAACCGAGCCCUGGCUACCAAGACCCCUCCCCCGCUCUACCUAGGGGCAGAAGGCCGCAGGGUGGAUGUCCACAGCAGUUUGUCCAGCGCCAGGAGCAAUCUGACAUCAGCACAGCGAUCGCUGUACCCUGGCCUGCAGACCAUGAGCCCCGUGCUGCCCGCUGGCAGUGGCAGCAUGCCAGCCCAUGGCCUAGGGGGCUUCCCCUUCCUCUCCUCAAGCCAAGCAGAGUACGGGCCCGGUGAGGCCUCCUCACACCCUGGCUACCUCCAGCCCAACGCCAUCGCCUCCUGGCAGCACCACCGAGACAUGGCAGCCUCCGCGCACCUGCCGCUAGGGGCAGGCGGCAGAGUGCUCCCCACCGACGAGGCAGCCCGGUCCCCCAGCAGCUCGCCCCAGCACCAGGCUGUCAGCAUCAAAUCUGAGCGGGUCUCCCCGGUGGUCAGCUGCAGCUCGGCCACCCCCCAGCACUCCCUGUCCUCCCUCAACGAUGUCCCCAGAGGCCCCGAGGACCCGCCCCAGCGAGACGAGUAUGCCAAGGCCUAUCACUACCCGCUGGUCCUGUCCCGGCCGCUGACAGAGGAGCAGCAGGGGGGUGUCCCCAUGCGGCGCCUGCAAGUGACGGACGUUUGGCAGAGAUAGUGGGGCCGGCUGUCCGGGGUGGGGGGACGCCCACGCUGUUUGCGUGUACGUACUGGCAGUGGCAGGCCCAAUGUGUCACAGCCUCCUCUUCUGCUCAGAAGCACUUUUACCUUUCUCCUUGGCUCCCCUGCAGCCACGGCUACCCACAGGGCAUGGCUGAGUGCUUGGGUGGGAAGGAAGUCCCAGAACCCCUUGGGUUGAGAGUUUCUGGGAGGAGCCCCCCUCGGUGCCCUGCCCCAGAACCCCAUGAGUUGUAAGUCCCUGGGGGGAGCCCCCCUCGGUGCCUUGCCCCAGAACCCCAUGGGCUGAGAGUGUCUGUGGGGAGCCCCCCUCAGGGCCCUGCCCCCGAGCCCCAUAGGCCAUGAUGCCUGUGGGGAGCCCCCCUCGGUGCCCUGCCCCAGAGCCCCAUGAGCUCAGCAUGCCCACGGGGAGCCCCCUCUCGGUUUGAAAUACAUCCCUAUCCUCUUUCCCUCCAGCUCUCUGAUUUCAUGUUAAAUGCAUGUUUGGGUGGAAGGUCUGUUCCUCUGAGCUGGGCUGGGGCCCUCGUGGGCAAGGCCCCCCUCUAAGCCCUCACUUGCCCCCCACCCCACUCCUAAUGCCCCAGACCAGCUGCAGGUGCCUCGGAAGCUCCAGGCUGUGGCUGAGCUGCAGGUCUGCUCCUGAUGCCCACAUCAACGCCUCCCACCCUUCCACUAGAACCAGUGCAGCACCACUGGGGCACAGCCGUGGGGCACGCCAGCACGGACAGGGCAGGCUGGGAAGGGCUGAGCUGCCCCGUGUGGGGGGGAUUCGGCACAGAGCCAGCCUCAGCCAGGCCAGCCUGUGGGAUUCGCAGUGUUCAGGUGCCGCUCGGGAUUAUUUUCUAUUUAUUAUGUUAUGUCCAGCCACGGGUUUGACCAAUAAAGAUUUGGGUUUUCCGGC